UUCUAUCCCUCAUUUCAUUAUGCUCUGCUUCAACCAAACAUAAGCUUACUUUUGCUUCUCUCCAAAAGCAGAGCAAACCAAAAACAGGGGAAGCUCAGAGGUUCAUAACACACAGAUGGGCCGGCUCGCACCGUUGUCGGAAGAGCCAAUCAUCAACGGAGAAGGGGCCGCGAACCGGUCGAGCAAAGGCAUUCUGCGGAGCACUCAGCCGUGGCGGAACUGGAUCAAGACCCACCUUUCUCCCCUCGUGCUCUUCCACAAGAGGUCCGACUUCAAAGUGCUUCUCAGCGUUCUGGGUUGCCCUCUCUUCCCUGUCUCUGCUCUCCCCAAACUACCCCUCAAUGAGGUGUCUUCUACUGCAGAAUACAUCAUACAACACUUCACAGCUGCCACUGGUUGUCGCAAGCUAGAAGGCAAAGUGAAGAACAUAUUCGCAACCGGGAAAGUGAUCAUGGCAAUGGUGAAUGAUCCCGGCCCCAGUGGCAGCUCAGCUGCCGGAGCCACCACAGUUUCGGAAAAAGGAUGCUUUGUGAUGUGGCAGAUGGUUCCUAAUAAGUGGCUCAUUGAGCUAGUUCUAGGUGGUCACAAGGUGGCAGCUGGUAGCGACGGCAUUGUCGCUUGGCGCCACACGCCCUGGCUAGGCGCCCACGCUGCCAAAGGUGGUGUUCGUCCACUCCGGCGAGCUCUUCAGGGAUUAGAUCCAAUGGCUAUAUCAGCUGUGUUUGCCCCAGCACAGUACAUGGGAGAAAAGCAAAUCACAGGCGUUGAUUGCUUCGUGUUGAAAUUGUCAGCCGAUCAAUCGGAUCUGGCUGAACGAAGCGACAGCACAGCAGAGAUGAUCAAACAUGUAAUAUUUGGCUACUUCAGCCAAAGAAAUGGACUGCUGGUGUACUUAGAGGACUCAUACUUAACCAGGAUCCACUCACCUGGCGCCUACCCUACCUACUGGGAGACCACAAUGUCGACGAAAAUCGAGGAUUACCGGACCGUGGAGGGUGUGAUGAUCGCGCACGCCGGUCAAACGAGCGUGAUCAUCACACGGUUUGGGGACAAUCUAAAGACGGGGUCUGCGAUCACGCGGUUGGAAGAAACAUGGGCCAUUGAUGAUGUUGCAUUCAACGUCCCCGGCUUGUCCAUGGAUUGCUUCAUUCCUCCUAAAGAAGUACAGAAAGAUUACCCUAAGAAAGAUUUUGAUUGGAGAUCACCGUUAGAUUGAUGAUGAAAUGAUGGUGAUGAUCUUGAUCAAGAUUAGUUGAUAACAAAAGGAUUUCAUUAUAUGUUUUGAUCCAUGCCUUGUGUGAACAGUUGAAUAUUUUUGUCUCUUCAUAUACAAAGUGUAGAUACAGUUAUUUUCAUACAUGCUUAUGUACAUCUUUGUUUUUUUUUCAAGAAUUAUUUAAGAGUUUGUUUGAUGCC